AAAGCUUAAUUGGUCCGCCCCCUCGUACUCGAGUACCUCUGACUGUACUGUAAUAUAACGCUGUACGCUGUACUACUAGGAGCUUUCUAAAGAAAUGUGCGUCUGGAACCACCAUCUUUUAGAAAAAUAAAAAUAAAUACAAAAAAAUACAAAACCACUACUACGCCAUUUCCCCGCAUCGUUCCACCAGAGGCUUUCGACGAGGAAUAAGGAAAUAUGGCGAAUCUGGCGUUGGCGAUGGAGAUGGAAUCUCCCAAGAAUAAGAAAGCCGGCCGGCCGAGAGUUGAGGAGAUUGAAUAUGAAUACAAGUCCAUUCAGUGGAAGAACUUCUUCACGAAACCGAAAUAUAUACGUGAGGAUACUUCUUGGAUCUACAGAAGCUUCUGAACUGAUUGGCAUGUAGCAUGGCACAUAUUAACGAUAGUGUUAACCGUUGGCCUUGUAUUAUUCUCAAUGCACCACGAUGAGAUCGUUGAGGUAUGUUACGAGAAGGGAGAGAAGAUGUAUUCGAAUACUGACGAAUUCAGAAAAUAACGCCCAUUGCCGAGAAUAUUCGUGAUAUACCUGGUGGUUUUGUGAUUCCUGUACUCAUUUUGAUUGCUAUUUCUUUCCCUCCGCUAUUUGGCCAUGAAGUUGUCGCGUUGGUUUGUGGAAUUGUUUGGGGAUUGUGGGUUGGAUUUGCUAUCGUAGCAGCAGGAACUUUCAUAGGAGAGAGUAUGGAAGUCGUCGCAUUGACGUUAGAAUAUAUGCUAACUUGUGAUAGUCGGAACUUGGUAUGCAUUCAAAUACGCUUUUAGAAGAAAGGCUGUGAAGCUCGAGAGAACCAAUCUGAAUUAUGGCGCUCUGGCGAGAUUAACUAGAGAUGGUGGCUUCUGGGUAAGUUGUUUCCUCUCCUACGAAGAUUCCAACCGCUAACCUAUCACCAGGUCGUGCUCAUCAUUCGUUUCUCCAUUGUCCCAUCACAUUUCUCCACCGCUGUCUUUUCCACCUGCGACGUCAAAUUCUGGCAUUUCGCAGUUGCAACAUUCCUCACGCUCCCUAAACAAAUCAUUAUCGUUUACUUUGGAACUCUCUUCGUCAAACAGGAACCUAAAAACAGCCUCGUAAACAGUAUCGUAUUGGGUAUAGCAUUCAUUGCUACAAUUAUUGCUGGGGUGUAUGUGUAUAUGAAGAUGCGAGACACAAAGAAGCAAUUACUCGUUGAACAAGCGGAGAGAAUGAGAGCAAAAGAGGAUAUCAACAUAAGUUAUGGGAUGGAUUCGACGAUUAAUAUGAAUAGGAGAUAAUAAAGGAUCUAAUUGAAGUCAUAUU